UUGAAGGACACAGGAUGCCGGAAUGGGGUAUGAGUUCUGGGGAGGAAUGCUUCCGGAACCAAAAUAGACAAAAUGGCUUGAGAGCAGGGGCUGUUAUUUGAAUCUUGAAUAAUUUAAGUGUGAGGGGGAUCAGCGUGACUGGUGCACAAGGCGCCUGAGCCAGGAUUUUCAGCUGUGGUGUGAUGCCCACUGCAGCCUGAUAGCUGGGAGCUGUUGACUUGGUACCUGUUGAACAAGCAGCGAGUGUGAGUGAGUGACGGAGACACACACACACACACACACACACACACCGAGUCCAGCCCUAAAAGAGCGGCGCCGCCCUCCGUGCCCGAGCAGCCGCUUCUCCCUCACUGUGCAGCGGCCGGAGAGCGCAGAGCGCCCCGGCUCCUGGGCGCACGGAGGGCGGCGUGCAGGGGGAGACCGAGCCCGCUACAGACCCGGCGAGCAUGGCUCAGCAGAGAUGAGCGGCCAACAGGACGGGAUCAGCCUGUGCGAGAAAGCUCUGCACAUCGUGACCGAGCUCUGCUUCAGGGGGCUGGUGGAGCAGAAGAAAUGUUACGAAUUCAUCUUCAGCGGAGAGCGCAGGAAGAGCGGAAUCAGCGGAGCAGACAUUUCGGUCAGUCUGCUUGCUGUAGUCGUCUGUUUCUGUGGGCUUGCCCUGUUGGUAGUGUCUCUGUUUGUGUUUUGGAAGCUUUGCUGGCCGUACUGGAGGAAUAAAGAUCUCACCUCUAACGCAAGUAAUGUCCCUCAGCAAACAUCAAGCGACGUACCAGAGGCUGUGGAAACUCCAGAGAAAAAGGAGAUUAAGGAAAUUAAAGAGAACGGAAAGAAUUCAGUCACACUACUGGCGACCGCCAUGAAGAUCAGCCAGACCUCUCCCGAUAUACCUGCUGAGGUCCAAGCGGCUCUCAAGGAGCAUCUCCUCAAACACACACGUGUGCAACGUCAGACCACUGAACCAACGACCUCCUCCAGGCAUAAUUCCUUCAAAAGGCACUUACCAAGACAAAUGCAUGUUUCAAGUGUUGAUUUCAGUAUGGACAGCUUGCAAAGAGAUAGCUUGCAGAGAGGAGAGACAACCACCAGUAUUGGACGCAUUAAACCGGAACUCUAUAAACAGAAGUCUGUUGACUCUCAGGAUGGUGAGCAAGAGGAUGUGAAAACGAGUGGAAAAUUAAACCUAACCCUUAAGUAUGAUUAUGAGAAUCAGCAUUUGAUCGUAACCAUUCUGAAAUGCUUGGACUUGCCGGCAAAAGACUUUUCCGGAACCUCAGACCCUUAUGUUAAAAUUUACCUGCUUCCUGAUCGGAAAAAGAAAUUCCAGACUCGAGUUCACAGAAAGACACUCAACCCCAUCUUUAAUGAGACCUUUCAGUUCCCAGUGCCCCUGGAUCACCUCAGCAACAGGAAGCUGCAUUUCAGCGUUUAUGACUUUGACCGAUUUUCAAGACAUGACAUGAUUGGGGAGGUAAUUGUGGAUAACCUGUUCGAGUUGCUGGAACCUCCGAAGGAAGAUACCAUCUGGAGGGACAUCAUCUGUGUCAAGACUGAAAGCGUGGAUUUAGGGGAGAUUAUGUUUUCUCUUUGCUACCUUCCGACAGCUGGUCGAAUGACACUGACCGUCAUCAAGUGCAGGAACCUUAAAGCCAUGGACAUCACAGGAUUCUCUGACCCGUACGUAAAGGUUUCUCUAAUUUGUGAGGGACGAAGACUGAAAAAGCGAAAAACCACGACAAAGAAGAACACUCUGAAUCCUGUUUACAAUGAGGCUAUCAUCUUUGAUAUUCCUCCAGAGAGUAUGGAGCAAGUCAGUCUCUCGAUUACAGUCAUGGACUAUGAUCGCGUUGGUCACAAUGAAGUCAUUGGGGUUUGUCGCGUCGGACAAGAUGCUGAGGGACUUGGUCGUGACCACUGGAAUGAAAUGCUGGCAUACCCUCGCAAACCGAUUGCCCACUGGCACCCAUUGGCAGAGGCACCAGGUCGAGCGACCAGCUUUGACAGCCAAGGAUCCUGCCCAUCUCCAAAACUGCCACCCACACCGUAGAAAUGCUGCUUGUCCAAGGCCAAAUACCUCUGGAUUGCUGCUGGAGGGCAUCUGGAAUUGUCUGUCUUAUUGACAGUGUAAGUGAAGCCCACAACACUGUCAAAUGAUUGCAUAGAGCUGAUGGUCCACACACUCUGCAAAGAGCUGCAAGUGAUCACUGUCAUGUGAAAGUGUCAGUGAUGGAGAUUGCCUUUUGCUGAAAAGCCUUUGAUUAGGAAACUGGGAAUACAAGGAGACCAUUCAACCCCUCUAGCCCGUCUUGCUCAUUCAGUUUUGAUAGUGGUUGACCAGUACCUUACACUUAUUUGCCCAUCUUGGUGAAGAAUUCUGAUCAAAUGGUGGUACCAUUAGGCUACAGACCCGAAACGUCCUAUCCCCAUAGAUGCUGCGUGACCUGCUGAUUAUUCCUAGUACUUUCAGCAUCCAGAAUUCCUCUCAAAAAAAACCCACUCAUUCUAGUCUUGACAUUUUAUUUUCAAUUGGUACCGAGCCUUAUCAGCUUUCAGAGAGGAGGCAGAGUUGGAAAUUUCUACUCCCCUUUAUGUGAAGUAGUAUUUUGUUACUUUAAUGCUAAAUGGCCUGCAGCUUUAAGCCCAUGGCCCUUUGAUUUAUAUCUCCACUUUCUCCACCCCCAAAACCCCCAGCACAACUAGAGGAAUAGAGUUUCUGCUGUAUUAACUUCAUUAAUCAUAUUAAACCUCUCAACUAGUUUGCCCCUUGAUAUCUCAUACUUGUUGGAAGACCAGCCUAAACCUGUCCUCAUUAAUGAUGAGGUCCUUUUAAGAAUCCACUCUUAAAAAGACAGACUUUGUAGAGAAUAAAACCUGUAGGGUAACCCUUAGAAGCUGAGACUUAGAUGUGAACAAUUUUGAAGUAUGAAUAUGAAAAGAGAACAGCCAGGGCUAUACUGCAGUUGAGGUACUUGAUGACAAACAUAAGCUGCAAAGUCUGUUGCCAUGACACAGGCAGUUACCUGGGAACCAGGAGAGUGUCCUUCCUAUCUGGCAGUGGAAGCUGGCAGCGUGCUGCAGCCACUAUGUUCAAGAUGCAGGUUAACAUCCCAACAAUCUACAGCUCAUUCGUCCUCUUCUAACGUCCCUUGGAAUUUCCGUGGAGUGUUCUGCACACUGGUGGGUAGGAAGUGGUUUUCAGGAUUUGGCACCAGCCCCAUUGCAGAUUUCAUGCGAAAGACUUCUGACGUUCACUCACUAGGUCUUGUCACUAACUGAUCACCAAUCACAACACCCACCUUAGAAGUCAGCUGUCAGUAAUGACAAUCAGUAAAUGCAGUCCAUUAGCCGUUUGUAUUAAUGUCAUUUUCAAAGCUUAUAGCAUCUUAAGUGCCUCACAGAAGAAAGCCAUUUGGCUCAUCAUUUGUUCACUGGCUCCCCGAAUGUGCAUCAUGACUUAAUGCCAUUCUGCUUCUCCUUCCCCAUAUCUCUGCAAACUGUUUUGAUUUAAAUAAUCAUCUAAUGCUCUCUGCUUCAAUUGAACCCACCUCUGCCACACUUGCAGGCUCAAUUUAUUUAGUAGUGAUAGAAACACCUGCUUCCUCUUUGCUGUGAUGCUAUGUGAGUUAAAAGACAAGGAAAAUAGCUCAUGAAUCUAACAUUUGUGUGUCAUUGACGUAAAAGGUUCUAAAUGGUAAUCGCGACAAUCAGUAAGAGCUCUAACCCCAGUAUCUUUGAGUAAUGCACCCUAAGCCUGAGCAUUUCUAAUAUUGAUUGAAUUACACAGAUACAUCUGCUUUAAUUAAAACUUUUUGAUUCCUGUUUAAUUGUCUAGAUCAGGUCUCGGCAAUUGCUUAAUUCUCUGAAGACUUUGAUUAGAAAUGGUUCUAAUCAUAAUCUGUCCAAGAAUGGACAUAAAUGAUAGUUGUAAAGAAAUAAAAUCAUGGGCUAUAAAGUUAUAAUGUCACAUAGUUUCAUUUAAUUUUCAAGGCAAAAUUGGUGGGAUCCUUUAACUCUGCCAGAGUGAAAGGGAUUUGUCCAAUUUCAAAACAGUUUGCAAUUUUAACACUUCAAAUUUUCAAAAUGGAAAUGUCAAAAUUGCAAACAGCUUUAAAAUCUAGUCAGCACCUGAAUUUAACGCCACAAAACUAAAACUGCAAAACAUAACGACUUGAUGCAAUUGCAAGGUUGGCAAAAAAAAUCCUUUUGUUCAUUCUGAUACAAUGACCAGUAAGGAUUGGAUAUGCUAAGCAGGAGAUAUGCAAAUUUAAUUCGUGUGUUUCAACCUGGCAUUUUCACAUAUCAAUGGUGUACGUGUGAUAAACUGUUCUGUUGCAAAGUUUUUUUUUUCUCUUUUAAAACCUGCACAAGAUUUUUGCAGAGCAUUUUUAUAAACAAAAGAAUUGUCCUGGUGUCCCUGUUUGUCAGGCAGCUUUCUAACACGCUGCCCAAUGUUGUCAACAAGAAAUGAUUGUUUUUAAAAAAAACAUUUUGGGAGAAGUAAAAAUUAUGUUUGGACCGAAUAAAAAGCAGACACCAUUUAGCGACAGUUUCUUAACACCCUUGCAGUGUGCUGCGAUACAUUUUUGUGACUAUAAUGUAGUGGUAAUGCAGAUAGAUGUACCAACACCAAUAGUAAAUAUUGUAAAAGAGUAAAGACUGUGCAUUACUUGUAUGUCGCUGAUUAGCACUGUGUAACUAUUUUGAAGUAAAUGUGAGCUAAAAUGUUGAAAUUGAAAUGUUCUGGUUCAUUCUGCUGCUGUCUUAUCCCAUUGUGAUUGACGCACUGUUGAUGGGGUUACGUAGCGUGAACUUCCUGUUGUGAGUCUGACCAAUCACUGCAUCGUGUGUGACACUCACAGAUGGAGAAUAUAUGGAUUAAAAUGUCAUGAAGUGUACAGUUUGUGAUAUAUUUUGUAAAAUCAUAAUUUCAUUAAAAUUAUACAGCAAAUAUAUGUUUAAUAUGUAUUUUGAAUAUAAACAAAUAAAUAAACUUG